CCGGAUUCAACCUCCGCAGAUGACCUAUAAAUAUAGACAGCACCUCGUAUUCUUGUCACCCUUUUUUCACCCCCAAUAAUUAAACAUUAGCAAUGCCAGUCGUAAUCGAUGAACGAGCCACCGAAAAGAACCAGGAGCUUAUCAAGUAUGCCUACGACAAUCUCAAGAACAUCCCAAAGGGCCAUGACGAAUACGAGAAAAUGAUCUCAGGUCUCCCUUACGACUGUUUGGAUGACGUAUUGUGUAAGGGUCGUGUCAUUGCCCAUGAACAGGCUACCGACUACGGUGCCAUCAGAUUGAGGGAUUUCAACAGCUUCGAGAGCUUCACCCAAGCCCGCUUCGAUUACUUGACCACCAUUUUUGGUAAGGUCGGCGACCAGUCCUACUUCGAGCCACCGUUUUUCGUCGACUAUGGCUACAACACCAGCUUUGGUAAGAGAUGCUAUGUCAAUUUCAACUUCACCGUCUUGGAUUGCUCUCUUGUGAAGAUUGGGGAUGAUUGUCUCAUCGCUCCAAAUGUCACCAUUACCACUGCCACCCACCCAACCGAUCCGUCUGUGCGCCGAGGCUGCCAUGUAUCACACUUCCCAAUAGAUAAAAUUCUGUGGUGAGCUGCCCAACACAGAAAUUCAUGCACUAAGAGCAUCAGUGGUGAGGUUCUUGCACCUCCCGUAGGUACAAAAUGAUAUACUGAGAGAGCCUUACCUAAAAAGUAUAGCUUAAAUACAAACCAAGUGGAGAUUCUAAACGAUUGACGUAGAUUGAGACUCAAUCGUUUAAGUAGUGUCACUAAUCGUUAUAGAAGGGCUUUAUAAUAUGAAUCUGACAGAUGCCAUUUUUGUAA